AUCCCGCCGUAUCGCUGGUACUUGUUACCGCCCGGGAUUUGAUGUCACAGCACAGCUUCAAACAAAGGGCAUCUCGAUCGACUUGAUAUUGGAAGUCUUGGGAAGCUUCUCCAGACACAUUUGACUAGCCCAUCGUUUCAUCAGACAUUGGUCCUUUCUUCUUUCACCGCAGACAACAUGAAUAUCGUCGAGUGGGCAUUUGGAAAGCGCAUGACGCCUGCGGAGCGUCUCCGUAAACACCAGAGAGCCCUCGAUAGGACGCAGCGUGAAUUAGACCGAGAGCGCACCAAGUUGGAGAACCAGGAGAAGAAGUUGAUACAAGACAUCAAGAAGAGCGCCAAGAAUGGCCAGGUUGGGGCCUGCAAAAUCCAAGCAAAAGACCUGGUCAGGACAAGGAGAUACGUUCAAAAGUUCUAUCAAAUGCGAACGCAAUUACAGGCGAUCUCCCUCCGCAUUCAGACCGUCCGAAGCAAUGAGCAGAUGAUGCAGUCCAUGAAGGGGGCAACAAUGCUACUGGGUAGCAUGAACCGGCAAAUGAACCUCCCAGCGUUGCAACGAAUCGCAAUGGAGUUUGAACGAGAAAAUGACGUUAUGGAUCAACGACAAGAAAUGAUGGACGAUGCGAUUGACGAGGCCACCGGAAUGGAGGGCGAGGAGGAAGAAGGCGAAGAUAUUGUCAAGGAGGUCUUGGAUGAAAUCGGUGUUGAUCUUGGCCAGGCGCUGGGAGAAGCCCCUUCAGAUAUACAGAGCGCUACGGCUCCAGAGACAAGAGUUGCUCAGCCCGUUGGUGCCGGUGGAAACUCGGGUGACGAUGAUCUGCAAGCAAGGCUUGACAGUCUUCGACGAUGAUUUCUACGAGACUUGAUAUCUUAUCCUCCCAUUUCCAUUCCUUUGCUUUGAUUCCAUUGAGUUACGGUGCCGGGAGUUAAUUGGGAAUGAUUCACGAAUCACAAAUAUAUUUGAUCAUGGCACAAAUUGCUGCAAUUUCGAUUAGCAUUCUUUCAGAUUGAUACUUACAUGUUCCACCAAACCAAGAUAAUUUGCAUUCUGACUAG